UGCAAUGACCGGUAUAUGGGAGGCUACGCCUUCAUGUCCUCUUUAAACUUAGAUUUAGAUUAAGCCCUAUUUGCUGAUACUCUGAGACUUCAUAUUUUCUACCAGCAUUAUGCUCGGUGAUAACCGAGAUCUGCCUGUAUAAGAUGGGCUUUCUAUUGUAUUGCUGAAGUGAUUAGAUGGUUAGUGCUUAUAAUUAAGUAACUUGAAAUUUGUGUGAUUUUCCUCUGUUUUCUGUUUCUUUUUUUUUCAGUGGAAUCUGGCUGAAAAUCUAUUUCAGUUGUUUUCCAGCAAAACGGAGAAUUUGGAAAAAUGAGUUAUUACAGAUGGAAACUGUUCCUUCGAGCUGUGCUGUUGUAGAGGAUAGAAAGCCUGGAUACUGGAAGAAAGAAUAUAUCUUGAAACAAAUAGCUGCUGUCAAAACUAGAGUAAUGCAACUUGUUAAACCUGUAGAUCUAUGUACAGGUCUUCCAUGUAAAAACCAAAAAGCUAUAAAAACCUCUGGCUUGAGUUGGAUAAUUGUUCUAAAGGACAAAAAUGAAAAGGAACAUGUGAUGGAGAAGUCACACCUAUCAUUUAAGCACACAUCUGUUAGUAUCUUUUGGUAUGGUACAGGUUGGCCAUGCUUAGACAUUUUGUCAACCCUAAAAUUAUUUGGAGUUAUACCACUGCUUCCUGACCAAAGCACAGCUCCCAGCAAGAAUGGUCCUCGUCGACGUUCCCUAAUUGCUGAGUAUUCUCUUUCUCACUUGACUGAAAGCAGUGUAGCAGUUGGGUCUGAUAACUUUGUCCAACUCUUCAGUUUGAAUCCAGGAGUUGUUGUAGGACUGUGGAAGGGAAGUAAUGAAAUUGCUUUUGUUAUGGUGAGUCUUCAUUAUCAUCAACUUCUUGAGAGAAGUGCUUUGGGUUCUGCAACAGUACUGGACAGUUUACUAAUAAACUGUUAGAGAAACAUGAUGAACUGGAGAUGUUUGACUUUUGAAAGUAUUAGCAAAAAAAAAAAAGCAAAUAGGUAUGUUCUGAAU